AUUUCCCAUGCACAAAUUCUCUCUCUCGCUAAUUUUGCCGGUGUACGGAUAGGAACUCAACAUGGGUGGUGAAGAAAACAAGCCAAGUUUUAUGGAUAAUGUCCGAACAAAUUGGGCAGCAUUCCGUAUUUUUGUAUGGAAUUCAGAGAAGGGAGAGGUUCUAGGCCGAAAUGCGAAGAGCUGGGGUCAAAUCGGAAUCUUCUAUUUGAUUUUCUACACCUGCUUGGCCUUGUUCUGGGCGUUGAUGCUGUUUAUUUUCCUGCAGACUGUCAGCCCUGAUAAGCCAACAUUCAAUUCCUACGUCAAUGUUCCAGGUGUAUCUCUACGACCCAGGUUUGACAAUAAACCUGUUGUGUUCAACCCUAAUAACAAUAAAACAUUCGCAAGUCACACUGACGGACUUCAAGACAUCUAUGAUUCACUGGAUCCAGGCAUGAUGACUGGCGAUAUGUUUGAUGAUUGUGCUAACGAGACUGAUGGUGACGGCAAGGCCUGCCGCUUUGACCGCAAUGUCUUUGGAAGUUGCCAACCACCAUACUUCGGCUGGGAUGAGGGCAAACCUUGCCUGUUUCUCAGUCUCAACAGGGUAUCGGAGUGGGAGCCUGAGGAUUACAGUGAUGUGUCUUCAUUGCCCGAAGAAGUUCAAAAAUUCUACGUACCCGGAAACAUUGCUUUCUACUGCCGAAGCUAUAAAGCCAAACAAGUAGAAGCAGUCAACGCCACCGUCUAUCCUGCCGCUGGGAUCCCCUUCCGGUUCUACCCUUUCCAGGGGAGCACCAACAAGACUGAGAGAGAUUCCUAUGUCCAGCCGUACGUCGCUGUUCAGUUUGCCCUGCUGGAGGUGGAUCUCAAGAUAAAAGUUGAAUGCAGGACCUACGUCGGCAACAUCGCCCCCAAGGGGGGACUCUAUGACACAGACUACGAGUCGAUCGCCACCUACGAGUUUGAAAUGACCGCCAUGAAGAAGGAUGAGCUUUAAAAAAAAAAAUAAUAAUAAUCUAUUUCUUUUUUAAAUGUUGUGAAUUAUUUGAGCAAGGGAGACUUUCCAGGACACUAGGUGGCAGUAGACUAAAUAGGGGGAAAUAGUUUCCGUUGAGGAUUGUGCGGAUGCUAAGAAUUUUUAAACAAUAACAAAUUAAUUUGCUGCCCUCUAGUGUCUCAAAGGCCCCAAUUCCAUAAUGCUGCUAAGCAGACCUUGGUGGAUACCAACAGGGAACUAGUUGACCCAUACUUGUAUAAUACAUUUUAGACGGUAACCUGGUCCAGCUUGAGCCAUGGUCUUCAGCGCUAAGCAAACUUAGCAGUUUGGAUGAAGUUGGUUGGUCUUGUGGAGAAAGUUUCUGUUUUCCGAGAAACUUCUUUCUUUUUCGUUUAUUUGAAAAUGUUUAAAAGUUCACAUUUUUUUCCCUGAAAAGUUCUUUGAUUUGUCUACCCAUGUUUAUCUUUUAAGCAGAUCAUUGUGGUGUAACAGUCUCCCCAGCUAAGCAGAGUUUGUCAGCUUACCUACAAUUUCGUUGAUUGUUCACAUGUAAGCCUUUAGCCCCCUUUUCAUAGGGCUAUCUGAUGAGCUGUUGCUGUCUUUGGAUGAUCACUGCAUCUUGGGUCCAGUUUCAAAGAACGGCAGUUCUGCUUAACAAUUUCCUGAUAAGUAAAAAAUGAGCAGGAUACCAGUCACAAAUAGUACAUGCAAUGUAGUAUUCUGGCUGGUUACCUUAUUCUAAGUGAGCAAAAUUGUCUCGUGCUUUGUUACAUUUUGGACUUUGGACUCGGUGAAAUUUAGACCCUGUGGGAAUUUGUCUCAUCUUUAUUGAUGUUUUCCAUUUUUUUGAGAUGUUGCAAUCCGUGUGUCUGAGUAUCAUGCUGCACUGCUGAAAUUCAAUGUUCCUGAUCAGAAGAUUUUUGUUUCUGUUUUUUCUUCUUUCUUUUCGACCAAAAAGUAAACACUAAGUUAAGUUUGGUUGCAGCACCACUAAGUUUGGUUGCAGCACCACCAAAUUUUGUCAAUUUGUACUACUAUAAAAAACUUACUCAGUAUCAAUUUUCAUAAUUUUGUUUAAUGAUGUAGUUUGAACGCGAUUGUAAAGUAAACAAAAAUUACCACGAUGUAAUCAACUGAACAGAAAAAAAUGUAGUCCCUGUACAAAGUUGUCUUUCUAAUUUGAAACCAAUUCUCAUCACAUCCUCUUGUGAAGAAAAUAAAACUAUUAUUUCUGUCGACAAACUCCCACUUUGGAGAUAUUCAAAAAGGCAGGGACUUCUACACAUUUCUACGGAUGGCGUACUCCAAAGUAAUUAUCCUAACAGAAGGAUACGUUAUUGGGUUCAGAGAAAUCAUGUCCAUAUUUUUUCUCUAUUUUUUAAGAUUUCAUCAAGUACAGGUGGUCUUAUUUAUGGAGACACCACCAUGAGCGCUUUUUAUUUGCCAGAGGUUCCUGUCCACAAUCGAGCAGAGUUUUUUUUUUGGCGGAGACAAAUGUUAACAAGCGACAGUACUUUAGAUAUCUCAGGACAUUUGGUUGACAAUCGUUUCAGUUUGGCUCUUCUCAUGAUUAAUUCCUAAUUUAUGUCUUGUACCUCUAUAACAAGUUAUAGGCUCAGGAGAGUUCUACUUAACAGUACUAGUUAGCUACCACCAUUUCCGAUGUAUUCAUUCAGUAAAAUUGCCGUUAAACAAAAAUUUGGGUGGGGGAGUUGUGUGAGAGCGGGUGUUUAACUAAAGUAUUUUCAUGUAUUUUACCAAUAUGUACUAAGUAUGGAUUCAAUAUUAAUCUUAUAAGCUAUGACUUGACUUUGACUCGGAUGACCUAAUCUGUAUUUAUCCAUCAACGUUAACCCUCCCACUUUAUGACUAGUUAACAUCAUCUGCAUGGGUUUUAAUGGUAAAUGCAACCUUUGUUUGUCUAGAUGAUCUUCUCGUCAAGGGAACUCGAGAACUGCCCUCAAGGGUAUAUAAACACCAAGCUGGCAGCAACCAAUCACUCUCAUGCAAACAUUGGUUUAAGUCUGCGAUUGUGAAGUGCACAAAUCAUGAAACUGCUUCAGUUAGUAGACAACAAUAUGUAUUCUAGUCAUUAUUGAAUCAGCGGUUAGCAUGUCAGGAUUCGAACCCCCAAUCUUGUGAUUGCAAGUCUUGCAGUCUAACCACUUGACCACAGUUGAAUGCAUCUACACAGUGCAUUGUACACGGGUCAUUCUGUGUAUAGUUGUGCUACCAUACACUACCCUCGAAGCUGACUGGUUACUGGUUUAGAGUAGGGGGGACCUACUCGUAAAGUCUGCACCAGCUUUUACUCUAUUGGCACCCCUCUGUAAUUUAAGUAUAAUAUCAAAAUGACUGUUGUUUUUUGGAGUCAUAGUGACACUGUACCUUUGUGGAGUUGUGAUAAAUAGUGAACUGGUGAGAAAUAGAUUAAGCCUAAUUGGGGUAAGUGGUUUUGAAGGUGUAAAGUUUAUGUACAAUUUAUUGGAAGUUUAAUUAAUAGUGUUGUGAAUUUUUUAAAGAUAAAUACAUGUAUAGUCGAUUUAUGAUUCUAGAUUAAAAUUGCAAUAGUGCAGCUGGAUUGAAAACCUUUGCCAAAGUAAAACGAUAACUCGCUGGGUCUGACCAGAAUUGUUACCUACUCUUAACUAGGGUAGUUAUGGUUACAUGUACCGGGCUAUAACCAGUUAUCACAUUCAUUGAAUUGGCGUUGGUUGUUAACAGUGGUUUGUUAUUGCUUGAAACGGUUUAACCAGUUAAGGCACAUCCAUUGUUUUGGCAUUGUUCCUUCACCUUAACCAGGUUUAAACUGUUACCAUUGCCAAAAACAUUUAAACUGUUGCUAAUGGUUUGGUAACUCCUUGACCUGGUUUAACCAGUUUUUGGCAGUGAUCCUUAACCAGGUUUAAUCACUUUCAAUGCUUUGGUAAAUCUUAAAGUUCAUCCCCCCAAAAAUAGCGAUCGAAGUCUCGAACACGUAAUCAUGGCUGAUUGUUAAGGAUUAUAUUUAACUUGGAAGGUUGACCAGUGAGUUUAGGUUUUCAAACCAAUAUUUUAAAUUAAAAAUGGUAUUCCCUUGCAGUGAUUGUCCACCAUUACUUAGAACUAUUAUUACUUUGUUUUAGCCUAAAACAUUUUUUUUAUUUUAUGCACUUGUAGACAACUGCAGCAAUGGAGAUUUUGUGGAUUUCUGACAAAUUUUCUAAAGAUCCUUUUUGAAUAUCUUAAUGAAUUUUUUUUAAAUUUCAGACUUGGACCCAAUUUCUAAGAGCUGUAAAAUAUUGCUUAACAAUUGGUUGCUAAGCAGAAAAGAGCAGGACACCAGUCACAAACUGUACAUGUGACAUGAUAGCUUGGCUGGUAACAUUACACUUUGGUAAACAAAAUAUUGUACUGCUUAGCUACUUAGUUUGUAUAAGCAGCUCUUUGAAAGAGAGUCCUGGUUGGAAUUUGAAUGCUGGGCUUAACACAAGGUAAUUGCUGACACCUGGCAUAAUCAAACAUGUUGCUCCAGGAUUGUGAGUGAUUGUGGCUAGCUACAGAUACCUUCCUUUCUGGCUUUCAUGAUGCACAUUGAGAAUUUGAUGGAGGUUCUACAAGUCAAAAUCCCAUUUUGCUGCAGUUAUUUGUUUUUAAUUAUUAACACUAUUAGUCGACAAAUUUUUUUGGAAUGGUAGAAAGACUUCGGGAAAGCAAUAUUUGUCAUCAGUAUUUUGAAAACUUGAAGGCAUUACGGGAAUGUGAUUUUAAAAGUUAUUACUGUGCUUAUGAGCACAAUUACAAAAUUAAAAUAACAGAUGGCCCACUGGUGGUGGUUAUACACACAACCUUUCAGCAUUUCAAGUAAAUACAGUACAUUGCUUAUAAACAAAUAUCUUUUUUUUCUUUUCUUUUCUAUCUGCUUUUAAUUUUAAUACUAGGCCAAAGAUGUGGUCCAAGCAGUGAACCCUGAGGGACCUAUUGUAAAAAUCAAAUGUAUACAGAAGGAGAAAUAGGAAAAAGUGUAUUCAGAUUAAUCACCGAUGUAUUUAUCAUUCUAUGUAGUAAACGUUUUAAGUCAUAUCAAUUUAAAAGAAAAUGCUGUGAAAUAUCUUUAGGUGCAGGUUUUCUAGAUCUAUGCAAAAGUUUGAUGCAUUUACUUGGGAUGGGGUAUAAUUUUGGUUGGAAAGGAACAUUUAUUUCAAAAAAGUAACAGUGAUUCAAAAUGGAAAGUUAAAACUGAGGGGUAGUUUUUUUGGAGAAGAGCAUUUCUUUUAUUACAAGUACAGGAAAAUAUAAACUUGUUCAUAGUAUUAUAAGAACUACUUCAACUCUGCUCAGGGGAAAACAAAAGUUAACAUUUCAAAAGUUUGUUUCACAAA